AUGCUGCAGUGGCGGCGUCUCACGGCACGGGGAGGGGCGCCGCUCGAGCACCUUAGCCGCGAGUGGGCCUGGCGCACCGCCCCACCAACUGCAGCGGACGCGAGGAGCAGAAAAGGUAACGGCCCUGUUGACAACCUGCCACCGUGGCCAGUCGACGACGUGGAGUUCAACACGCGGGCCCCUGGUGGUGGCCACGACAUGCGCCGCGCGCACGAGAGAGAGUUAACCCUUCUUACCGGUCUCAAUGAGGACCGCAGCGAAAGCGUCAAGGGGGGCAGCUCGAGUGUAGUGCGUACCAGGGAACAACUAAAGCCGCAGCCGCUGACAGAGGAGCGCCUGUGCGAGGUGCGCGAAGUGGAGGAGACAGGAGAGGGCGUACGCGCACUUGCAGCAGGCGGAUGGGUGUGCGGCGGGUGCCUGCGAUGUAUGCCGCACCGCUCUCGCUCGGUGUGCGACCACUGUCGCGCUAUUCGUCACGACGCGGCGACAGCGGUGAGCCGCUGGCGUGAGAGCGCCACGACGUGGUUCUGCAGCCGCUGCCACGAGUUCAACUUUGACCGUGACGUGGCGUGUCGUUGCUGUGACUUGCGACGCGACGAGCAAACGGAGCUGAGUGUGGUGCACCACGAGCGCGUCUUGGAUGAGGUGCAGCGCUCCCCUGUUGGCUCUGUAAUAGUGACGAGGAAUCGUGUGGCACGGUGGCGUUGCUCCAGCUGCGGUGAGUCCAACUCUCUUCAGAGGUCCCUUUGCAGGAACUGUGAAAAGGGGCGUUUCGACUUUGUGGUGCGAUGCCCCGGGUGCAAUGCAUCACAGGCGCUGAGCAACAAGCAAAUGUACGGCACUGACCCCACCGACCGCACCCACGUGGUGCGCCCAUUCGGCAUGCACAACUGCUUUCCUCGCCUCUCACCAGAGCAGCGCUGCAGCGUGUGCCGCAGCUCCUUGCAUGGCGGCGCCGCCUCCGCCCGCAGUGACGCGUGGCUGUGCGCGUGUGGGCAGGUGUGUAACUCCGCCGUUGUUUCGUGCACGCGUUGCCGCCUUCCGCGGCGGCUGCCGCAGACCACUAUGUUGGAGGAGAUGCUGCGCGUGUGGGACUUUGCGGCCACCACAAACUGGUAUUGCGAAGGCUGCAACCACGCCAACAAGGCGUCGCGGCAUAUUGUGGCAUUGGAGCGGCACAACACACCGCUGGCAUCAGGCGCCGCGGCGCCGCGGGGGAAAGACACCACCGCGGUGAAGGUGGCGCGCAUCGUGCACGGCCACACGAGGUGCGAGCAUUGUGGUCUGCAGUGGCACCACCAGUCGGUCAACGACGGUCAGUACUGGCGGUGCGCGUGCCACAAAGUAAACCGCCGCGACGACGUACGGUGUCAGGUGUGCUUCCUUCCUGCUGUGGACGGUAUUCGCUCAGACGUCCUCUCUUUCUGGUCGCGCGGGGAUUGGUACUGCCUCAGCUGCCACCGGCAAAACUACAGAGAGAAGGUGACCUGCACGUGCGGUGAGGCACGCCCGAAGGACUGA